GAGACGCGUAGAGGCGCGGCGCGAUGAGAUGAGAGGAGAUGAGGAGAAGAGAGUCAAUCGCGCUCGUCUCGCGAGAAUAGGCGAGGCUGUCGGACGAGAUGUGAGGGACUCAGGUGUAAGAGCGCUCCUCAUCCACACACAGCACAGCCAAACAGACACACAGACACACACGCACACACACACACACACUGCGGGCAUCUCCUCUGUUCCAUCAGAAGCCGAGCGCUACCGCAUCCGCCUGACUGCUGCGAGACGCCAGAAGAGGAGGCGGGAGGAGCUGGACUCUCGCUUUGUUUUUUGUCCUCUUUUCGUGCACUUUAUCUGAGCCGGAUCCCGCGCAAACAUGAUGUCCAUGAACAGCAAACAGCACCAUUUCGCCAUGCAUCCCAGCUUACCUGAGCACAAGUACACAGCUCUGCACUCGAGCUCGGAGGCGAUCAGGAGAGCCUGCCUGCAGACUCCACAGCUACAAAGCAACAUCUUCGCCAGUCUGGAUGAGACGCUCCUGGCCCGCGCCGAAGCUCUGGCGGCCGUGGACAUCGCGGUGUCCCAGGGUAAGAGUCACCCGUACAAGCCCGACGCCACGUACCACACGAUGAACACCGUGCCAUGCUCGUCUGGCUCCACCGUGCCACUCGCCCACCACCACCACCACCAUCACCACCACCACCACCAGAACCUGGAGCCGCCCGACCUCAUGGAGCACAUCAGCUCGCCGUCGCUCGCGCUGAUGCCCAGCGCGCACGAGGGGGCCGGCGGAGGCGGCGGCGGCGGCGGCGGGGGCUUGAUCUCCACGUCGGCCCACCCGCACUCCCACAUGCACGGGCUCACCCACCUGUCCCACCAGGCUGCUAUGAACAUGAACUCGCCGCUCACUCACCACGGACUCUUACCGGGCCACCACGGCGGUGCGCACCAGUGCGCGUCGGGACUCGCCAACAACGGACUGCUCUCCAUUAACGACUCGGACACGGACCCGAGGGAGCUGGAGGCGUUCGCGGAGCGCUUCAAACAGCGGCGGAUCAAACUCGGGGUGACUCAGGCGGACGUGGGGGGCGCCCUGGCCAACCUGAAGAUCCCAGGCGUGGGCUGCCUGAGCCAAAGUACCAUUUGUCGCUUCGAGUCUCUAACUCUGUCUCACAACAACAUGAUCGCGCUCAAACCCAUCCUCCAGGCGUGGCUGGAGGAGGCCGAGGGCGCCCAGCGCGAGAAAAUGAACAAACCUGACAUUUUCAACGGCAGCGAGAAGAAGCGCAAGCGGACCUCCAUAGCGGCCCCGGAGAAGCGAUCUCUGGAGGCGUAUUUCGCGGUGCAGCCCCGGCCCUCGUCGGAGAAAAUCGCGGCUAUAGCUGAGAAAUUGGACCUCAAAAAGAACGUGGUGCGAGUAUGGUUUUGCAACCAAAGACAAAAACAGAAGAGGUUGAAAUUCUCCGCGACGCACUGAUGGACUACUUCUGGGGAAAAAAAAGAAACUGACUUUUGGGGACCAAGGAACAUCGCUUUGGCUCGAACGCGUGUGCUCAUGAUUAGUACCGUUUUAUUUUCACAACUCGUGUUUCUUUUCACUGUACUGGUGAAUGUGAAGUAUGCAAAUAACAGGUAAUCCAGAUGAACUACUUUUCUGGGGUUCAACUCUACUUAGAUACACCCAGCUUUUGGUUUUGUCCCCCCCCCAACGAAUGACGAAAAAUAGCCAUUGAUGGAUUACCUCAUAGUUUAACUCUAUCCUAUUUAUUUAUUUAUGUUCGGCAUAUUUGUGUAUUUAUUCAUUCGUACAGGGAACUGCUAUAUUUUUGAUUAUUAAAUGUGUUCAAAGCAGAUCCCUUUUUCACAGUCUUGCUGAUGAACUAAUGUGAUCAUUCAGUGUUUCAAAGGUCUGCUCUGAUGAAUACACAACUCAGUAGGAAAAGAAAACGAAGGAAAUUAUACAGAGUCCGUUUUAAAUAAUAAAGGUGGCAACCACCGCUCGUAUUUGUUGAAAUUGCACUGAAAUCUAUUGUUAUUUAGAUUGGUUAGAUAUAUUCAAAUGCUUUUGUAUAUAUAUAAAUAUACGUACAAAUGACACUUGCUCACCGUGCAAAACUCAAUUCCCGAUUUUUUAUUUUCUAUUUAUUUUGAUUAUUGUGAUUAUUUUGGCAAAUCAGAAUUCUUCCUCUGCGGAUAUUAGUUAACUCGCAUGAUAAAGAUGAUUCUACUCACAUUCUAAAGGAAAAUGUGUUGGUUUGUAUACUUUGGUUUGCAGUGCAAACAUUCUAUGCAUUGAAAGAAAAAGAAAAAAACCCCAAACACUACAUAGAGUAUCUACUGGUAGACCUUUGUGGAUGGUGUAAGUCACUGUUUAAUGCCUGUUUUCACAUAAAGACACAACGUUGUUUGUCGUGUUAAUUGUUCCUGAAAAGAGUUGUAUUGAUUUUUAUUUUGUGCACAAGUAUGUUUACAAACAGUGGCCACGUGCGCAUCACUAGACGUCUCACGCUGUCAUAC